GCGCAGGAAGGUUGGAGGUGGAGCACGUGAUGGUUCGUUACACAAGGUGCCUAGUUCGGAGCUACUUUAAGCCGACUCCGGCCGCGACUGAACGGCAGGCUCGCCGUUCCUUAUCAAACCCACCGAGCCUCCGAUAAGGAUGACAGUGUUCGUCUUCCGCGAUGAGUUGGAUGACGCUCUCCUUACAUCCGCUUGAGAACGGACAGUUUGUGCCACAGGAGACGCCAGAGUCUUCCUUCAUUCUAAUGCUGAGGAAGUCGAAGUGGUUUUCUGGAAAGUCAUCAGUCUGUCGUGGUGAAUGCGACAAUGACAACUUGGCCGUGAACCUCUCUUUUCUUCCUCACCUCGUGCUUCAUCAAUGGCCACGAUGACAGCUGGAUUGAUGCCCAUUGCUACUCCGGCGCUUCUUACGUCGCUGAGGAACCAACCGCACGUUCCCAAGAAUGCAUGGUACUUCAUUGCUGCCACGACUUUGACUAUACUGAAUCGACCAGAUGAGAUACCGCAAGUCUACAACCAUGUCAUGAAACACGGUCUCGGGCCCGAUGAUGUGAAGCCAGGCCCGGAGGAACAGCUUACGAUCUUGAGAAAGCUACGUGAAGCACUCGUCAAGGCCUCUGCAGUCGGAGGUCUGCCCAAGACCAUCAAUUCUCUCAUGGAGUUGAAGAAAGUGACACCGGAGCACCUACUGGAUGAGCCGCAAGGCGCGAAUGAUACACUUUCCUCAUCACCAACUGCACGGCAUGUGGACAUACACCACACGCCCUCUUCCAAGAUCUUGCAGCGCGGGCAGGGCUUCUGGGAUAACAUCUACGGCAAGAUAUCGAGACGUGUAAUGAGUCAGAUGGACCGCUCGGGCACAGAAGACCUCGGUUUGACCGCCCGGCUCAUGUAUGGAUACAUCCUUAGCAAUACCAACGUUCUAUCUCCAGUGGAGACGUCGUACGUUCUCAUUGCUGGGCUGAUACCGCAGGAUGUGAACCCUCAGCUAAAGGGUCAUCUUAAAGGCGCCCUCAACGGCGGCGCAUCUGCCGAGGAGGUGAGGGCUGUGAGAGGUAUUGUCAUGGACAUAUGCAAAGCUUCAGGCAUGAGUCAACUCGGUGAGGGUGUACCUGGUGGAUGGGGCUGGCGCAGUGAGGUUGCAACUAGCCUUGUCCCUCCCCAAGCGUACCAGCUGUCAGCAUGGGGAAGAGAUACCUGGCUGCUACGGUCUGCCUAUGCCGUGCAACCCUCCCCCAUCUCCAAAGAUUGA